UUGUUAAGGUUUCCUGCUAAGACAAACUUACCACAAAAGUUUGGAACAUAGAAAAAUAAAAUGAAUUCUUAUUCAUAUGCAAUUUCUUUUUCUUCUUCUUCUUCCUCUAGUUCUACUCCAUUUUCCACAUAUCCACCAGAACAAAAGAAAAAUAAAAAAUUGCCCUCAUAUUAUUCCUCACUCCAUGGAGUUCGUAGGCUCCUAGCAAAACCUAUGACUAAACAACCAAUCGCACCAUUGCCACCAACACCUCCUAAAAUCUACAGAGUGGAACCUGUUAAUUUCAAGGAAAUUGUCCAAAUGCUAACCGCAGCACCUGAGUUUCAAUCCGUCUCCAAUAAUUCUAUCUCUAGUUCUGAUUAUGAUUCUGGCUCUGGCUCUGGCUCUGGCUCUAUAUCGGUCUCUCAUUCUUUCAAUUCGAGGCGUUUACAAGAUGUAGCUCCUCCACCACUUGACCUCUCACUGGUUUCAUUACAAAGAAAUGAUGAUAAUAAUAAUAUUGCAGCACAAUGGCGCGACUUCCUUCGCCCGUCUCCUUCUUCCUCCACUGCACCCUACAAUGACUCGACAAAUGAGGCACCAGAAAUAUCACAUGUAGCGCCACGGAAUCUAUCAGAAAAUUAUUUUGGAUUGUGUAGUCCGUUGGCUAAUUUCCCUCUAUCGCCUGCUUCUUUUGCAUGGUGCUCUUCUAUUCUUCUUAGCCCUAGCACUCUUACUUCACCAAGCACGGUUCUUUAGUUCCUUUGCCAUUGCCUCAACCACCAGCGGAGACAGGAUUUUCACCGAACGGGUGAACAUAUAUAUGCAUAGAAAAAAUUCUAACUCCACCCCUAGCCUCAACUCAUUUGACAGUUUGUAACUUAUUAUGUUUCAUUUGUUACAAUUUCCUUGUGGGUUGAUAUUGAAGAGUUUGAAUUGGAAAUAAAAGAUAUCACAAUCUAGACACUUGAAGCUGUUUUCUUCUUUUUUUCAUUUUCAACUUUGCUUCCA